GACUGGUCACACUUAUCCCGACACGUGCUGAAUUGUUUUAUUUUUUUGACGUGCUUUGUUUUCCAUGUAAAAAUUACACCGGAAAAUGGCAGAAACGAGCGGAAAGAUCAAAUUCCUAGUGGCGGACACCACCGCCUUUAUAAACGCCGUGCCCCUGAACGAAUAUGCGGAGCAGGUGCUCACCGUACCGGAUGUGAUCUCCGAGGUGCGCCAUAGGCGCCAGAUCCGUCGCCUCUGCGUCCUGCCAUUCGACCUCCAGGUGCGCGAACCUCGUCCCGAGAGCAUCAGACACUGCGUGGAGUUCGCCAAGAGAACGGGAGACUAUGCGAGUCUCUCGGGGAUCGAUUUGAAGGUCAUCUCGCUCACCUACGAACUGGAGGCGGACACCGUGGGCACCGACCAUUUGCGCACGGAGCCCGUGAUGGCCCAGACCAUCGCCUCCAAAGAAAAACCGGAGGAAAUGCAGGAUCCCAACAACAAGAGGCUGGUGGGCUGGUACAUGCCCGAAGGGGAGGAGGAAGAAGAGGUCUCCGAGGAGGAAGAGGAUUCCCAGGGGGCGGAGGAUGGCCCAGAGGAGGAGCAGGAUCAGCAGGAAGAGGAGGAACUCCAAGACCAACUCAUAGACAAUGUAAAGGCAGCCAUUGAAGCUCAGUUAGCUGGAAAGGAACCCCUCCCCAGCCAGCCCACCCAACCGGAGGAGGACGAGCCCAGUCAGGAGGAACUGGACAAGCUGUUCGAGCAGCUCAAGUGCGCACCCAGCGCCGAGGAAGAGCAGGAGCUCUCGGAACUACUGGUUUCCCAGCCGGCAGAAGUCGAAACCGAGGAAACAGAGCCGCAGGAACCAACCCAAAGCCAAAACCUCGAAGAAGAAGUGGGCGACGAUGGCUGGAUCACGCACUCCAACAUCAAGAAGGCCAAGAAAGCUCUCGAGGGCAAGGUGGAGACCGAUGAAGUGCCGCCCGUGGCCUGCAUGACCACCGAUUACGCCCUGCAGAAUGUCCUGAAGCAGCUAAAUCUCCACCUGGCCGCCCUGAAUGGCAGGAUCAUCAAGCAACUGCGCACCUAUAUUCUGCGUUGCUAUGCCUGCUACAGGACUACCAGCAUCAUGACCAAGGUCUUCUGUCCCAACUGUGGCAACAAGACCUUGAAACGGGUGGCUGUUAGUCUGGACGAGAACGGACGCCAGGUGAUACACAUCAAUACGCGCAGGCCGCUGACCAACAAGUACAAGAACCAGAGCCUGCCGCGAUUCCAGGGCGGCAAGCACUCGAGGAACCCCAUCCUGUUCGAGGAUCAACCGAUGCCCAGGCAGAUGCCUUCGCGGGUGGCCAAGACCAAGACGAACGCCCUGGAUCAGGACUACACCGCCGGAUUCUCGCCCUUCGUGCUGCGCGACGUGGACUCGAAGUCAGCCAUGCUGCGCUCCAAGGGAAAUCUCAAGGAGUGGGCCAGGAACAACAACUUCGAGGAGGAUCGUCGGCGCAAGAACUACAAUCGCUUGUACAAAUAGAUAUCCAGGAAAUAUUAAGCUGGCAAAGUGUUUUGUUAUGUAUAUAUGUACAUCUAAUAACAUUUUGCUAACUUCCUAAUCGUAGACUUUAUAUAAUAUGUAAUAUAUAAAAUAAAACAGAGGGAGAACCCAAACCUUUAGAUAAAAUAUGUGAAAACCAUAUAACUAAAAUGUCAUUUAUAAUAAUUUACAAGGAUAACAGAGCUUAUAAUAUGAAAACUUUAUAAAACCUUACCCAGAGAAGCUUUUAAAAUAUUUAUAAACUUUUUUUUCUUUGAAAUAAAUAAUUGUUUAAGUAA